UUUAAGAAAAACUACGAAUAUUACCCUUAUUUUAGCUUUCAUUUCAUACCCCAAGGUAUAUAUAAAAUUGGACCUUUAAAAAAAAAAAUGACAAUCAUGCAUCUAGAAAACAGUCAAGCACAGCGACAUGUCAAAACUGGCAGCAGCAUUGUUGUUCCUGUCCAUUUUGUCUUUCGGUUCGUGUUCGGACUACAUGGGCAGCGAGAUCGAGCGAAUCCUGCUGAUGGAAUGGUGCGAGAUGGACUGCGGCAACGUCACAAACAUCGCCUGCGUGAACAAGGAAACGUGCGACGGAGCCGGCCGCUGCCAUCCGGCCGAAUGGGACGAGUUCUUCCGCACGGACGUGAUCAACGCUCACAACCAGCUGCGUAGCCAGUUCGCCAUCAACCACUCCAUAUCGAACAUGGCGUUCAUGAACUACCACAUGGAGCUGGAGUACGUGGCCAGGUGCCGGUGCAGCGAUUGCUCCCGCAACGUCAGCGAGUGCCCGAUCACCGAGAAGUUCCAGGACGUAGGCCAGAGCACGUACGUGGUGCCUGUGUCGACGAAACGGGCCGACCACGACAAGUACGUCUUCGAGGUGGUCAAGGGUUGGAUGAACGGGGGCGAAGCCGCCGCCGCGUCGAUGAUCGGCUCGUAUACGGAGGACAAGGCGUCCAACUACACGCAGAUGGUGUGGGCGGAGACGACGCACGUCGGCUGCGCCCGUUUCCGGGACUCGCGGGACUUCUACUUUUGCUGCAACUACGGCCCGAAGGGCAACGUGGCCGGACAGCCGAUUGGGAAAAAGGGGAAGCCGUGCACGGAGUGUCCGAAGGACGAGACAUGCAACGAGGACUUCCCGUCGCUUUGCGGGGCCACGGAGGACGUAUGCUUCGAGAGGUGGGACAUGUACGUCGAACGCCGUGCCUCCUCCACCAAGCCUCAGCCCUUCGUUGCCUUCGUCCAAGUUGUCGCGUUAAUAAAGUUGGUUUUUUAAUUGUUCA